CUUCAGACGAUAUAUUUGGAAGCCUAGCCACUGUGGAGUGUUACCUGAAUUUAAAAACAGCACUGGUUGACGGAGCUGUCCAUCAUGCCUGGAGACAGUAAGGCCCAGCUACCGGCCAACCUAACCGAGCAGAUCGAUGCCUUCAUUGCUGAUCUGAAACAAGGGAGUGUGAAGGGGUCCUACGAUGUAGCUCACAGCACCCUGUCCCUGAUCAGAAAGAUCAUAUCAGGUAGCCGCUGGGCCCAUGCCGGGGAGCUGAUGGGACUGAUCAGGCAGGAGGGCAAGAGGAUUAUGACGGCUCAGCCGGCAGAGUCCUCGGUCGGUAACAUGGUCAGGAGGGUCCUCAAGAUCAUCAGGGAAGAGUAUGCAAGUAUUAUCAAGGGCCAGGGUGUUGAUUCAUCCGGCGAUCCACAAGAGUCCCUUCAUAAAAAGCUGCUUGCUGAAGGCCAGGUGGAGGAUUUCAGUAAACCAUGUAUGAAUUUGAAGGGUAGAUCGAUAGAGAGUAUAAAUGAGCUGUUAUCAGAGCUAGAGGGCAGUGCAGAAGCCAUUGCAAGCCAGUCAUUAGAACACAUCCACUCUAACGAGGUCAUCAUGACGCUAGGAAAGUCAAGAACAUUGGAGGCAUUUCUUCUUAAUGCAGCCAGGAAAAGAAAAUUUCAUGUUAUCGUCGCAGAGUGUUCACCUUUAUAUAAGGGACACGAUUUAGCCACUACUCUAGCCAGGCAUGACAUCGAGACCACGGUCAUCACCGACUCGGCUGUCUUUGCUAUGAUGUCACGUGUUAACAAGGUCAUCAUUGGAACGCAUACGGUCAUGGCAAAUGGAGGAUUGAAGGCAAUCGGUGGUACUCAUGCAUUAGCACUAGCAGCCAAGCAUCACUCAGUACCUUUGAUAGUAUGCACACCAAUGUUCAAGCUGUCACCUGAGUACCUUUGCAGUAUUGAUCAGGAUGCUUUCAACAAAUUUGAGUCACCUAAAGAGAUUCUGGAUUACUCUGAUGGGGAGCUACUUUCCAAGGUCCAUAUCUAUAACCCUGUCUUUGACUACGUACCUCCUGAGCUAGUUACCCUCUUCAUAUCAAACAUUGGAGGUAAUGCCCCAUCGUACGUCUACAGACUUCUUAGCGAGUUAUACCACCCAGAUGAUCAAGACCUUUGACCUUUGGAACAUCAGAAAGUGAAGGAACACUCCUACUCUAGAUAAGUCUAGAGUUUAAAAACUGUUAGGAGAAUGUGGGUUGGUCUAGCGACACGUUCACUUGGUCAGCUCUCUGUCUUCGCCUACAAACCGGCUCAGACGGACCCCGGUUUGAAACUGAGUCACGUCUUUUGGAUGGUGACGUUUAAUGUCAGUCCCCAGACGUAAAUAUUAAUAUCUGAUUGAUACACGUCUGUAAGAUCCCAAUUACAUACACGUCUGUAAGAACCCAAUUACACACACGUCUGUAAGAACCCAAUUACACACACACGAUGUAAUGUUUUUCUCUACCAUCUCUGUGGGAGAUUUCAGUUUGCAUCUCGUGUCAUCAACAUCCUGAAUGUACGAUUCUUGUGUCAUGCUUGCGGGAGAGCUGGGGGUGUUUCACAAAGAUCCUAAGUUGAACUUACUCAAAAUUUGGACUUCAAAAUUAUGGAGAGCCAUUUGUA